AUGCUUGAGCCUUUAACUUUUCCUGAGCCACCCAAUAUAUUGCUACCAUUUUCUUUUGUGCCAUGGGAAAAUGAAAAAUGCUCUUGCCCACUGUGUGAUCAAAAUUUUGACUUGUCAGUUGGUAAAGAUCUUUUAUUUACCCAUUUAAAAUCGAGCCAUAAAUUAUAUGUAGAAGAUCCUAAUUCCAUAGCCAGCAUUAAAGGGUAUUUUGAUUACUGGAAAAUAAGAUUUUCAGAGCAGCCUUUUUCUUCUUUCUGCACAAUUUUAAAUUUUGAACAAUUAGAAAACGAUAAAUAUUAUGUUCUUUCUGAACUUCAUCCAGAAGAUAGUGCUCUUAGGAAGGGUCUUGCUGCUAAAAGAUUAGUAAUGGCCUGUAGCAAUUCUAAAGUAACUCCCAAAGAUAGAUUUUUUGUGAAACAGUGUUUAUUUUGUAGACAUGUUGAAAAAACUUCUAGGUAUGACUAUUUAACUCAUUUGUCUUAUCAGCAUAAUUUACAAUUAGGAAUACCUGACAAUUUAGUAUUUAUCGAUAAACUUUUAGAUAAAUUAGAAGAAAAAUUAAAUAAAUUGGAAUGCAUAUAUUGUGAACAUAUAUUUAGGGAUCGAUCGAUACUCAAAGAACAUAUGCGUAAAAAAUUUCAUAAAAGGAUAAAUCGUAAAAAUAAAGAAUAUGAUCGCUUUUAUGUAAUUAAUUAUGUAGAAGGAGGCCAUCAUCGUGAAGACAUUGAAGAAUCACAGCCAGAGGAUGCAUGGUCACAAUGGAGGGAAGAAGGGGUUGACUGGUCAGAUUGGUUAGAAGAACCCCCUUCAAUUGUUUGUUUAUUUUGUCCUUUUUCUUGUAAAGAAUGGGAGGAUAUUAUAAAUCACAUGUUUAUUGCCCACAACUUUUCAUAUUAUUCAGUAAUGAAGAAACUCAAUUUUUACGAACAGGUAAAAAUUGUUAACUUUAUUAGAAGAGAAAUUCGUUUUUGUCGCUGUAGUAAUUGCCAAUCAGUAUUUCCCAAUCCAGAUUCAUUACUAGAACAUAUGACGCAAUCAAAUCAUUUCACUCUACCAGAUAGAAAAAAUUGGGAUCAUCCAGAGUAA